GCUGUUCAAUAAACGCAUAUUUUUCCCCAAUCUUAAAUAUUAUGGAGUUCUAUUUAGAGAGUUCAACGAUGUGCAGAAAGUGCAGGAUAAGUAGAAUGGUGCGUGUGAUGUCAAAUUCUUAAGAUUUUCUUCACCAGGUUUCCAAUAAACUAGAGGUGUCCAGCCAAAAUUAAUUGAAACUAUUACAUUUAAAUCUUUUCAACGAUCGCAAUUAAUUAAAAAUCACACAAAGUAAACAGAAAAAAAAACAACAAAUUCAUACCAGGGAAUAAAAAACAGAGACCAGAAAAUUGUCAAUUAAUUUUUCUACAGAACUAAAAGACAUUGUCGACGUAAGAGAAAAAAAAUUUGAUACACUUGAUAAUGGGUUCGUCAAGGCAACCGGACCAUUUACUUGGCAAUGGCAUGUCCUUCCCCCAGUGGAUGAGAGGAAAAGUAGAUAGCCGAUUCGAUUUCGACCAGGGCACCUUCAGCCCACCUUCCCACGACGACAGCUUUCUCUGCAUAAGAUACGCUAAAUCGAAUAACUCUACUCAACAGCAGGAAGGGUUUCGACCAAUCAAUCAAGUUCUCAACGACCCAAAACCUGUUAAUGACGAGAAAAGUUUGCCCUCCAGUGGAAUAAAUAAAAUAUCGGAUAUUAAGGAGAUUGAUUUCAGUAAACAUCCACUUCCUUGUCAACCGUUUGUACCAGCCAGUAAAGAACGUCAGAGAAGCAAAUAUGAAUUCCUUCAAAAAUCUCCUCAAACCAAAUCUCAAGGCACUGACGACGGAUUUCAUGGUGAACCUGCGCGAUGUGGCAAGUCCAUCGUCAACGUGGCGACUCGUAUGAUGCUGGGUACCUUGAAUAAAAAAUCUGAGCAACACGUGAAUUCUAAAAUGGAGAAAAAUGAAAUUUUAAUUCGUAAAGGGAGUCAAUCUUUGCCAGUGACCCCGAUCGCCUCACCAACGUCAUCUCCAGAGGGUUCCCCAAAAUCCCGUAGACGAGCGCAAGGUAAUCGCUACUUCACCGGAUCAUUCAUACCCGAUCGUGACAAGUACCAGGGUGGAUGGUUAUUAAGCAGUAUCUUGAGUCAGUCGAGGGAAAUUGUGGGCAAUAAAAUUGAAGAGGAGGAUGAAGUUGCCGAUGUCGUUCCACCCAAGACAUUGAGUAGGAAGAAGUCGAUUUCCUCCCAGAAUCUAUCAUACUUGGGUAAAGAAGAUACAACUCCGAAAACAAGUAUAACGCAAGCCACUGUUACGUUCCAGGCUAAACCCUCGGAAUUACGAGAAAUGAAUUUUUGGUCUCCGACUUCAAUGUAAUUUUUUGCUACAACAAUUGAUUCAUUCAGUUUCUUUUUUUUCGGUGUAACUCGGAUCUAUCGAUUUAUAAAUUUCAUUUAGAAAGGUUUUUAUUAGGUUUAAUGUAACUCAAUAUUUUGACAAAUUGCAGACGUGCGACGCUUUCUGACUAAUUCGUAAUAUACACCCUUUUCUAUUAAUUGUGAAGUUAAUUCGUGAAACAAUCCAUUUUCAGAGAUGAAUUUAGUACAUUGUAUGAUAAUAAUUCCUUACACCUCACGUAUAACAGAGAUCGCAGGUCCUGUUGUUGAUUGUAUUAUUCACUUGCUUUAUGGAAACAAAAUUAUAAGUACAACAGUAUGAAAGAAAUGUUAAUGGCUUAAUUUAAUCACACAGGGGAUGUUUAAUUUCAUUUUUUCCAAUAAUUGUUCACACUUGAAAUCGAAAUAAAAGAAGUAACACAACAA